AUGUCGACAUUAACAGCUGAAACGACCAUACGCGAACCUAACAACACACGACGAUCCAUGGUCUCAUUCGAUCUAUCUCAACAUACCAGCAGCAGUGAUUUUUUGUUUCAUCCACCAGCUUUAUCACGCAACAGCACCGCAUCACCACCACCAUCACCUAUGCUUUCCACACCCACCGAUAGCACGUUUAUGGCCGAUGAUUUUUCAAUCAAGAAACCUCGACCCAUGUCAAUGCCACCUUUGAUGAUGGAUAUUGACGACGAGCCACCAGAUUAUCUUGAAUCGGUUAUCCAUCUACCACGUUGGGAAAAGUGCAAGUCGCUUGUCUUACCACGAGAGGAAGAGGGCCAUGAAGAAUUACCUCCUUACAAAUGCACCGUGUUUAAGAUGGGUCCUGUACGUGUAAAACCUGAGAUGGAUGCACCAGGUAUUCAAACACGUUGGCGCCAUUGGAGGAAAUACUAUAUUGAAGUUUGGGGAACAAUGUUACGUGUAUACAACUCGGAUCCCAAUAGCAGGGCAAGUAUGUUGGGAUGGUGGUUACGCGGCAACAGCAGCAAACAUCAGAAGCCACAACCCAUCAUGACCAUGUCCCUUGCAGGUGCCGAAGCCAAGCGUGCCCUUGAUUAUGCAAAACGACCCCAUGUGCUUCGACUCACGCUUGCUGAUGGACCCCAAUGGCUGAUACGUUUGCCAAGCAAAGUUGAAAUGAUCUCAUGGAUUGAGCAUAUGCAAGCUGCUAUCAACAUUUCACUUGACCUUGAACAACGGCCUAUGCCCAAAUUCAUCACACUUCCUCAUCGUCGACUAGCUGCAGAUACCCUUACUCCAAGAGCUGUCGAGCUUGAAUUGGCUCGUGAAAGGAGGAGGAUGGCACAACAUGAAAUUCUUAUAUGA